UGGGACCCAUGGCCGGACGGUGACUUUGAGGGGUUAUUCACAUGGGAGGAGGUAUUAAGAACUGAUAAUCUUAGUGAACAUUGGGCUUGUCAGCCAGGAGGAGGAGACAAGAGGGGGUCAGAGUCGGCACUCGCGUGGUCGCAAGGCAAAAAGACGAGACGUGUUUGCCUGGGUGUCAUUACUUGUGAUGAACCUACCUGUGAGGUAAUCACACGUCCACAGACCCGCUGGGCUGGUAUCAUGGGACAACUCAAUGCAUCGUGCCUUUGUGGUAGUCAGCUCAAGCACAUCGACUGCGGUGUCACAUCAGUGUUGUAUUCAUUCAAAGGAGGCGUCUACUACAUUCACAAGGGCAUUCACCACCAUCCAAAACAAACUCACAUCUUGCAUCUAUCUCGUGACGACCUUACUGGUACCCGUGAAUCUGUUGCAACGAUCUCCACAGUGCUUCUCAACCAGGACCGUGUCAAGGCCGAGCUGCAAGCACUACAGGGCAAGUCCACUCGGAACUUCGUUGAUGACUUCGCAGAAUUCCAGAAGAACCAUCCAGGAUAUGUA